UUAUCAAACUGUACAGACUACAGCUGCAUCUUAUCAUGCAUCAGCUGUUGAAAUAAAUCAUCGACAUUCCUAGUAUUUUUUUAUUUAUUUAACGUUAGCAUUAUUAUGUAAAGCGGUGCUCAGGGCAAAACUUUAGUUAAGAUGGUUUCGCUGACAAAAAUGUUUGAAUCCCAGAGUUAGAGAAUUGUCCAACAGUUAUUGGCUUUUAUUUUUUAGGUUGCCUUGUAAAUCUUAGUCCAGGCAUUGAAAUGCUGAUAUAUGCACUUCUACAUACCACUAUUACAGCUACAUGCAGCCUCUAACAUGAACCCGUUUUUAUUUGUUUCAUUGUAUACAAACAGAAACAUGGCAGAGGCGGACAAACCGGGAAAGCUUUUUAUUGGAGGAUUGAACACAGAAACGUCUGAGAAGGCCCUUGAAAGCUAUUUCGGCAAAUUCGGCAGACUAUCUGAAGUCCUGUUGAUGAAAGAUCGUGAAACGAAUAAGUCACGUGGGUUUGCUUUUGUGACCUAUGAAAAUCCUGGUAAUGCUAAAGAUGCUGCAAGAGAAUUGAAUGGAAAGCCCCUGGAUGGGAAACCCAUCAAAGUAGAGCAGGCAACAAAACCUCAGUUUGAGACCUUCGGUCGCCGUGGCUCGUAUUCACGUGGACAUGGGUCUUCUCGAGGGCCUCGGGGAAUGCGCGGCCCACCGAGCAGAGAACCUUAUUUUAAAGGGUCACCUAGAGGACCACCUCAUAAAAGGGGGCCACCGAUGUAUAAUGGAGGACCUUCACCAAAGAGAUUUGCACCCUCAUCAAUGGGCAGAUCCCCAGUGUCUAGAGAACGGGAUUCUUAUGGUCCUUCUCAUCGCAGAGACUCAUUUAUGUCAAGGAGGAAUGACUAUCCAUCACCACGUGAUGACAGCUAUUCCAGUCGAGACUACAUGAGCUCACGAGACAGCAGGGACUAUGGUCCUUCAUCACGUGAUUAUUCAUACCGUGACUAUUCAUCUCAAUCCAGUUCCAGAGAUGACUAUGGCUCCAUGUCUAGAAGCUACAGUGAUCGUGAUCGUGAUAGUUAUGGUGGAGGUCGGGAACCUAGGGGCUAUAUGGAGCGACCAAGUAGAGUUUCCUAUGGAGACUCUUAUGAUGAUUAUGGUAGUUCACGCAGUGGCCCACCCUCAAGGGGUCCCCCUCAGUCCUAUGGUGGGAGUGGCGGAGGCAGUCGCUAUGAUGAUUAUGGCAGCAGUUCCAGAGAUGGAUAUGGCAGUCGUGACGGUUACAGCAGCGGUCGGAGCGAGUCAUACUCUGCUAGCCGUACAGAGCGCCCAGCCAGACAAGACCUAGAGAGAGGCUACCCCCCACGCCAUUACAGCAGCUCAAGCCGAGGUGCGCCUCGGGGCCGUGGAGCCAGUCGAGGUGAUAGAGGAAUGAACCGGAAUCGAUACUGAAACUGACUCUGCCGAAAUGACUCGCAUUGUGCACAUACAGAGAAAACGGAGAGUUGAAAUAUUUUAACUUCUAGAUGGACAUUUGAGUUUCGUUUUCAAGCUGUACUCAACCUUGUGGAUUUGUUUUUUUCCUUAAAGUGUUAGAUUUUUUUUUAUAUAAUCCUGCUUGGCUCUCGUUUAAUGGUCCUGCUGCUGAUUUGAGUAAAGUGUUCCUCACUGUAACGUUAUGUUAAACCUGCAACGCUCAAGAGUAUUGUGCUUAUUUACCAAUAAAAAUUUUAACAAAAGUGCUCGUGGCCAACUACUGUUCGAAGUGGACCAAGGAAAAAAAAAAUCAAUGUGCCAGCUCACAGCCUCUAUCUUUUAUGGUGAGAGAAAGCUAAAAUUGAUCCAAUGUAGUGUGGAACGUAUACAUGUUAAUGUUCAGUCUGUUGAACGGGGCCAAUGUCUUUGCCAAACUCUCUCAGUAUAGCUUUCCUCAGUGCAAAAGGAUCCCACGCCAUAAAGCCUAAACUUUGAUGGCUUGCAACGACCAAUCCAAAGACAUCCAAAACGCAAGAAACAAUCCAACACCUGAUAAAACGUGUCAACAGCUGGUAAGCAAAGCGAACCCUUUUGUCUCUGGUUUAAGUGAACUUGACUCAUUGUGUGAGUGGCAGUCUCAAAUACAGGUUAGUUAAAACAUCAUCUGCAACCCAACAUUGUAUUUAUUUCUUCAUUUAUCAACUUGACAAAAAAAAAAAAAAAUCCUUUUUCAAGCAAAAGAUCAAGCAAAAUUUUAACUACCAAUGGAUUCGUCAUUUUAAUGUCCAGUAUUCUCAGGAAUGAAUGACAAGGAAGACUUAAUGAAAAGGAUUUUCCCAACUUUACCACCACAUUCAGUGACAUGGUUUUUAAGGAUAUUAAAACGAAGCCCUCCACCAGUGGACCACUUCAGCAAUUUAUUUUACUUCUUUAGAUUUUCAGUGCAAGAUAAUACUGGCUCAUUUAUUUUAGAAAAUUUACCCCAAGUUUAUCAAAGCCAAAACUUCUGACAAGCAUACCUGUUGAAACCAAGGAGACCACUGGAAAAAUGCAAUGUUCAGUAAUUCAAACCUUAAGGGGGGGGGACUGGAAGCCAGACACAGGACUGAAUAUUUUAACUUUCAUAAAUAUUUUUACAUACACUUGUUUCUGACCGUAACAGUGCAGUAAUUGUUGUUUUUUCCUAUUUGCAGGAUGAUCAUAACCUGAACUAUUAAUACUGCACCACUUUUUUACUGCCAGUGAGCACUUGUUUAUGUGCUGUCUGGACUGCUUUGAUUGCAGCAGGUCCAGAUUGAACGUGACAUUGGUCAAAGGAGGUCCUUCAGAGGGAGUCUGGUCUGCGUAUGAAUGCAUUUAGAUUGCAUAUCCAAAUAAACAUUUGGUUUUUAAAACUA